AUGCUCCAACAAAUUCAUAAAGGUCAUCUUGGAAGAGAAAAAUGCAAGCGCAGAGCAUGUGAAGUGUUGUACUGGCCAAAUAUCUACAAAGAGAUAGAUCAGAUGGUACAACAAUUCUCAACAUGCAUUCAGUAUAGAGAUAAGCAAAAGACAGAGCCCUUGCAACAACAUAAGUUGACUACCCAACCUUGGGAGAAAGUUGGAGCAGACCUGUUUGAGGUUGAUGGCAAAGAUUACAUUGCAGUGGUGGAUUACUACUCCCAAUAUGUAGAGAUUGGUACCCUACCUAGCACAACUAGCAAGAAUGUAAUAAAUGCCAUUAAAUCCAUCUUUGCUCGUCACAGUACAGCAAUAGAACUGAUCAGCGAUAAUGGGCCACAGUUUGCAAGUAGGGAGUUUGAAGACUUUGCUACAUCGUGGAAUUUUAAGCAUACAACUUCAAGCCCUCAUCAUUCUGCUUCCAACGGCCAAGCUGAAAAUGCAGUCAAAAUAGUGAAAACCAUGAUCCGUAAAGUCAAAGAUAGUGGCGAAGACCUACAUUUGGCUUUACAAGUAUAUGGGAGUACACCGCUUAAACAAGGAGUGUCACCAGCAGGAAGAUAA